GGACAAUGUGGUAGUUGCUAUGCAUUUGCAACAGCUGCUGCAUUAGAAAGUUAUCAUAAGAUGAAGUCUAGAAAACUUAUCAAUUUAUCACCGCAAAAUAUUGUUGACUGCACAACGGGAUAUGGUAAUUAUGGAUGUGACGGUGGUUUCAUGCCAUUGACUUUUAAAUAUGCAAUGAAAUAUGGAAUUGCAAAGGAAUCGAACUAUCCGUACGUUGGAGUUUUGCAGAGAUGUCAAUGGAAACAGCAAAUAGCAGUCGCUAGAGAUAAGGGCUAUAUGGAAGUAGAAUCGGGCAAUGAAUUGGCACUUCAACGUGCAGUGGCCAAAUAUGGACCUGUAUUUACGCUAGACCAGGUUGUAAUAAUCCUGAUCAUGCUGUACUGGUUGUCGGUUAUGGGACACAUAGGACUUAUGGAGAUUAUUGGAUUAUUAAAAACAGGUUUGCGUUAA